GUGUACACACGAUGCGUUGAUAGAGGUAGCUGGUUCUCCGUGUAAAUCAGUUGUGUGCUGACUUCUAUUUUAUAUUUUUGGGGUGUGGGAGGAAGAAUGAAAGACGUCUUCCACCAAAACGGACGAAAUCAUGAACAGCGCGGUAUACAUUUCGUUUUUUCAAGGUCAGUUGGAAUCUGCACUAGAGCAAGUAGUGCAACUCGCAGUCCAGGAAAUAACGAAGAGUGUUGGGUCAAGCUUGAAUUCUAUGUUAUUGAAAACGGCCGUCAAAGAACAAGAAAACCAAAGACUUAAGUUAAGGCUUCAAUCACUGGAGUUUGAACGUAAUGGGGUAGAAAAUGGAGCCGAGUUCAACGGUGGCAGGGAAGACAACGCGGCCACGGAUCGAACAAAGCCCGAAACACACACCUUCAGCCACAGCACAGAGCGCGGCAUGCACGCAAACACUCAAAGACUGGAUCAAAAAGGACGAGUAGUGGGUAAGGUUACUAGCUAGGCAAGGUUACUACCAAGGCACCUAGAGGUUUCAUCUUAUACAUUUGAAACACAAUAAGGCAAUAACACCAUUCUGUAGCCCUAAAGUCUGUUUGAUCGCCGACUGUUUGUUUAUGUGGCACAACGUAUCAACACACUCCGUUUACAUAUAGUGGCGAGGUCAACAAAAACAGGACAACGCACCAUUAUAUUGGUAUAGGUAUCCGCAUAGAACAGAAAGUAUUGAUAAUAAUAACAACCAGAGUUGAUAUGUAAAUAUGACAUGCAGUAGUAGCCUGCAGCACACUGAGGAUCAAUUACAUGUGUGGUAAAAUCUUCAGGAUAUGAAAAACUGUCGUUUUCAAUGUGGUUAUAUUACCUUGGUUUCACUUGGGUUCUAUUUGACUCAGGCAUGCGUCCUUGUGAACGCUUACAAUGGUCUCUUGUCUCAAGAGGUGUACACUUAACAAUAAUUAAGUGUCAAGAGGCCAAUUUGUCAUCUGUGGUGACAUUGUUGCCAUUGAGAUUGUUCCAAUGUACAGUUGUGGAUUGACAACCAGUGCCAACAUCACCAACCUUGUCACCAGUUGUGUCAAGCAAACGGUUAACUGAAAGGCAGUACAUCCAUCCCCAUUAAUUUUUCCUAUCAGUGAAAAUGAUAGGCCUACUUAUUGACCACUGCAGCAUACAUCCCAUCAAACAUUCUUCUCUGUAAUUGAAGAUGGGUUGGGAUGAGAGGACUAUCAGUGGUUGGCAAGGCAGUGACGUUAUUGUUGUUGAGCCUCUCCUUAGUGCUGGCAGCAAAGGAAAGGAUGCCAUUCCCCCCAAUAAUCCUCCAAUGAAAGUCACAAGCGCAAACCACACCCACUCAGUUCUUAGAGGGGAUACAUUUAGGGAGAGGAGGGGUGUGAGAUAUAAAAGGGGGGAGGAGGAGACAUUGGGCAAACUGUGUCAUUGUGCCCCAAAAUGCUGAGGCCAUUGGCAGGCCUUCAACUCAAUUUGCACAUUUUGGACAAAGCUGAGGCUGGAGCUGUACCUCUUCACUUAGCAUAUGGCAAUGGAUCUUAUUUAGGUUGCGACGGCCAGGGAGGCCAUUUUGAUGUUGUAGGUAAAUUAAUCUGGGCAGCAACAUUCAUACUUCAGUCACAGACACCCACACAGGUAGCUCCUCAUACAGUGCAUGAUGUCACACUUACACAAUGCAACACAACAAUUAGGCUAGUAGGCUUCCUCGCUCACUCCGCUCAAUUACUAUUUAUAUCCUUUGGUUUUAACAAAAGGGGCAAUUGUAGAGACCAUGCUGCACAAAAUCUCCUCACACAAUUUUCCAACUUGAUUUGUUUUCUUCCUCAGAGAUUUGGACAUGUAAUCCAUUCUCUCUUUUCUAGUUACGUAAAUCCGUGUGUGUGUAAAACCCUGUUUGCUUUGUCAAUCGGCAUUCAAGAUGAUCCAAGGUUGCCAGAAACCAACUAGGCCUAUGCUGUCAUUGUCUGCAGCAGCUUGGUGCUCUGCUGCUCACCACAGCUUUAAAGCGGUUUCCAACCCACUCCUACUUUAGUCAAAUCACAUAAUUGAGUAUGUUUACAUGCACACUAAUCAUUUUAUAUUAAACUGAUUAUGGCAGAAGGCCGAGUAUGGCAUUAAUCAUGUAAACACCUUACUCUGCUUAUCUUAAUCGGUGUACAGUCAUAAUCGAGGUAAGCAUACGCUGAUUAAAACACCUGGUAUUCUGAGCAGUCUUUCGAAUAUUUAGGGCAUGUAAACAGCUUAAUCGGCGUUCCAGCAGUGUAUUUGGUCUACGCAUUUGCCAGCACCGGGUAGCUCUAACCUCCUUUUUAUGCGUGAGUGAAUUGAGUUUGGAAAAACUGAAAGUAUGCAUCUUAGAAAUAGUUUUCACUUUAUAUGUCCAAACUCAGAACAAAGUAGUAUUCGCAAAAAUAACAUGGUCCCUGUGGUAUAACGUUUAUUUUGAUUGGCGAUUUUCUGCAUUUAUCAAAAGUCCCAUCAGAAGCCUGAUUUCAGAUGUGUCCAUGUAAAUAGGAUUAUUAGUUAAUUUGUUCUUCUUGCAAAGCAUGUAAACAUUUGAAAGCUGCAAUAUGUAACUUUUUGGGCGUCCUGACCAAAUUCACAUAGAAAUGUGAGUUAUAGAUCUGUCACUCAUUAAUAGCAUGUCUAAGAAGUGGUAGAUCUGUUCUAUGUGCGUUAUUUCUAUGCUUCCCAUUCUUAAGUUUUGUUUUUGCGUCUUUUACUUUAGGUUUGUACACCAGCUUCAAACAGCUGAAAAUACAAUAGUUUUGGAAAAUAUAUUUUCACAGCGUUUUAGAUGGUACAAUUAUUCUCUACGCUAUGGUUGCUUGUUUUGUCACAUAAACUGAAAUUAGGCAAACUAUAUUAGGAUUUUAGCACCCAGGAAAUGGCAGACCGAUUUCUGCAUAGUGCAUCUUUAAACAAACAAUUCUAUUAAUCCAACUAUCCACAAUCUUAUUAUUGUGUUCAUGGAACCGUGAUCAAUGACUAAGUAGUUCAGUUUAUUCUCAGCUUUAUCUGUAACUAAGACUUAAUACCAUAUAUGUGUGGUGAUGGAUAUGUCAAAUGUUUUCUCACCAUGUUUUGCACAACUUAUUUUACAUGUACAACUUGUGGUUAAGAACAAAGGGUGAGAGUCAUGGUGUGGGUCAUUGUUUGAUUCUGGAUAUCGGCUAGGCCUAGGCUUUCUACUACACAGCUGUUAAUUCUUGGAAAGAGUAGCCUAGCUCAUUUGUCAGAUAUCAUCAUGGAGAUAUUUGUACUACAGUGUAUGCAAUGAAAAGCAUAUCUAAUAUUCUCUGUGAUUUGGGGUUGUUUGAAAAUAUCAAUUUUGGUAAUUGAUUUAGCUCAAAACUAUUAUGGGAACUGUGAGAACUUCCUCGAUUACUUCAGGGAAAUGUUCACCACUCCCAAAUUAUACAUAUUGCAAAGGGGGACGUGACCGAGCUAUCUGAGCAAUGAAGCCUUCUCAUGGUAUUAAAAAGGAUUCCCUUCUAUAUUUUACUGCUCUAUAAAAGUAGGAUAUUUGAUUAUAGUAAUUCACUCAUUGAAUAUAACUAAUUUAUUGUCAUUGCCACCAUGGAUGCAAUGCCCAAUAAAACCUGCCUCACAUUUAAUUGAUUGGUGUAUUUGUAACAGCAACCAAUCGAAAACGGCGAAAUUGGCAUUUAUAGGAAAGCUCAAAUCUGUCCCCUAGACACAUGCCUUUUCUGGGUGUCAUAUGGUUGUUAUCAAUCAAGUGACUUUCACAGUCUGGCAGUGCUACAACAAUGCAAUCAAGAGCCAUUUAAUAACAUGGCUGAAAUCUGUAACUUUUGAGUCGUUGUAUUGCACAGGCGAAAAUUAAUGCCCAUUGCUGGACGCUUAAAAAUUGGUUCAUCUCAAAGGAUGCCAAGUAAAACUCAUUAUGGGAUGACAAUGUUUUUCUUAGUGUUUUGGGACCCCCCAAAAAAGGGGCACUGUGUGUGUAACAUGUAAUAUGUAGGCUAGAGAAAUGCUUAUAAUAACAAUGCUGUACAAGCAAGGGCUCUCAAGGCUACUUUGUGUAAAGCAGGGAUGGACUGCAUUCAAAAGGACUCAAUGGCUGUUAUUUUUCCAAUUCUAAUGGCUGAGCCUACAAUAGAUCUUUUAACAUUUUAAAUGUAUGAGACACCUUUUUAUCCAAACCAAGUUUGGAAAUGGUGUGGCUUGUGAUUUCAUUGCGCAAUGCAUUUUUGUGUUAUUUGAUUAAAACCUCUACACAAAUAAUUGCAGCCCUACUAAUUUACAUAGUAAAAAGAGUGGUUUGGAGAGAAAUUUCCCUGCAAGGAUACAGGGUUGUUUUUGCCUACUGUGUUCAACAAAUAUCCUAGAAUGAGAGCAUUGAGCGCAACAUGUGAUAUAUAUAAUUUUUUACCUUGAUCACUGCCAGCUUUCAAAUGUAUCACUAUUUAUCUACAAACAUACCAACCAUUGACCUAUGCCUAAUUAUUUCCUCUGAACUCACACCAGGUUUUUAUUUCUACUUUCAUAAUUCUGAUGACUAUUUUGUCUCCGUGUCCUCCUCUUCUGCAGGUCAGCUAAAGAUGGUCAUGGAGCAUGUGCUGGAGUUUGCUGUGUGCGAACUGACCAAAAUCGUGGAGGCCAGUUUCGAUGAUCUGCUCCUGGAGAUGACCAAGAAAGAGCGGGAGCACAGCGCUCUGGAGGAGCAGUUGCGCCGCGUGGCUCACCAGGAGAACGGGAAGGGCGGGGUGUCGAGGAGGAGUGGGUCAGAAAACAACACAGCGUUCCCCAGUGGCUCAGAGGACACCCGGCAGGAAUCCAGAAACGUCACAGUCAAAAUUGUCCGGGAACAAAGGGAGCAAACGGAGACAAUAAAUGGUCUGUGUUAUAACAGUAAAAUUAUGUUCUCGUCAACAUGACAAUCAACUGCAUGCUUUAUUUACAGUCCCAAAUGUGACACACACGCACACAGAAAAGGGGGAUGCUUGCUAUGAUAGCAGUCAAAUCCCACAGUCCUGGAUGUUAUGUUAUGGAAAAUGUAGGGUUGGAAAGUACCACAGUACGGCCAGGGCUCGGCACCUCCUCUGCCUAUACAUUCAAUUACUCAUGAGAGGCCAGUAACUUCCUGUUCAUAUGGUUUCAAGUUGCAACUCGCAAUGCCACAGGGUAAAUCCAUUUGAAUUCAAUCACUUUUAGACAGCAUUCCUUUUGAUUUGAACGAAACCUCCCAUACAUAUUUGCCCAUUGUAGAUGUGCUCAGAAAAUACCAUGAGGCAUCCAUGUCUUCAUCACUGGAAAAUAUAAACAGUUGAGUAUCAUUUAAAAGCUUACAAACAGCUUUUAAAUGACAAACAAUUUGAUAAUUUCCUUUCCCCCCCCCUUUUUUUUAAACCUUAAACGUCAAUUAUCUAAACACGUUUUUUUCUUUCAUAUUUGCUUGUUUUAUUCUAGACCCUAUUUUACAUAAUCUGUGUUUUUUGUAGUAUGCCCGCCAUCGGUUGAGACGCAACAUGCUUUUGAAUACAGCGUGGGUGUCAUGUUUUAGCUGAUAAAUGUACUAAAACGGGAAUAAAAUUGAAAUUUCUACAUUGACAUGGUACUACAAAGAUGGUUGGAGGUCCACACAUCAGAGAAUGUUGACAUGAAUGGGAAUAUCUGUUUUAAAUUAUACUGUCAAUCCUUCAUAGGAAACCUAUUGAAAUCAAGGAAAUAUAGAUGAUAGAAUAGACAUGACCAUUUAAGUUGACAUUCGACUGGAUGGACCGGCGGCCAUCUUUGUGGUACUAAUUAGAAUUUAAAAAAUACAAUUGAAAUGGUGUAGUAGCUAAAUUGCAGCGAUCUGAAGGGAUUAAAUUACACCCAACCUGUAUUUAAGAGCAUGUUGUCUCAACUGUUGGCCGGCACAACAUAAAUACCUCAGACAAUGUAAAAUAGGGUCUAAGCUACAACAUAUGCUAAUAUGAAAAAUAAUCGGUACGUGUUUUUAGAUAAUUGACGUUAAAGGUACACAUUAAAAAAAGUUAUAUUUUUUUAGACAUUCGUUUUCAAGAAAUUAUAAAAUAAUUUGACAACCCUGUUUUUGUAAGCUUUUAAAUUCUAUCAAACUCAACCAUUUAUCUUUUCCAGUAAUGAAGACAUAGAUGUCUCAUGUUAUGCAAAAUGGGUCAACUUUGAGCACCUUUCUCUCCUGAAUGCUUUGAGGUCCAAAAAGUUACUUUAAAUGAAAAGGGAUGCUGUCAAAAAGUGAUUGGAUUUACCCAACAUAUCAGAAAAUCACAUUGUAGGAUUUUUAAUGAAUUUAUUUGCAAAUUAUGGUGGAAAAUAAGUAUUUGGUCAAUAACAAAAGUUUCUCAAUACUUUGUUAUAUACCCUUUGUUGGCAAUGACACAGGUCAAACGUUUUCUGUAAGUCUUCACAAGGUUUUCACACACUGUUGCUGGUAUUUUGGCCCAUUCCUCCAUGCAGAUCUCCUCUAGAGCAGUGAUGUUUUGGGGCUGUCGCUGGGCAACACGGACUUUCAACUCCCUCCAAAAAUGUUCUAUGGGGUUGAGAUCUGGAGACUGGCUAGGCCACUUCAGGACCUUGAAAUGCUUCUUACGAAGCCACUCCUUCGUUGCCCGGGCGGUGUGUUUGGGAUCAUUGUCAUGCUGAAAGACCUAGCCACGUUUCAUCUUCAAUGCCCUUGCUGAUGGAAGGAGGUUUUCACUCAAAAUCUCACGGUACAUGGCCCCAUUCAUUCUUUCCUUUACACAGAUCAGUCGUCCUGGUCCCUUUGCAUAAAAACAGCCCCAAAGCAUGAUGUUUCCACCCCCAUGCUUCACAGUAGGUAUGGUGUUCUUUGGAUGCAACUCAGCAUUCUUUGUCCUCCAAACACGACGAGUUUACUUUUUACCAAAAAGUUCUAUUUCGGUUUCAUCUGACCUUAUGACAUUCUCCCAAUCCUCUUCUGGAUCAUCCAAAUGCACUCUAGCAAGCUUCAGACGGGCCUGGACAUGUACUGGCUUAAGCAGGGGGACACGUCUCGCACUGCAGGAUUUGAGUCCCUGGCGGUGUAGUGUGUUACUGAUGGUAGGCUUUGUUACUUUGGUCUCAGCUCUCUGCAGGUCAUUCACUAGGUCCCCCCGUGUGGUUCUGGGAUUUUUGCUCACCGUUCUUGUGAUCAUUUUGACCCCACGGGGUGAGAUCUUGCGUGGAGCCCCAGAUCGAGGGAGAUUAUCAGUGGUCUUGUAUGUCUUCCAUUUCCUAAUAAUUGCUCCCACUGUUGAUUUCUUCAAACCAAGCUGCUUACCUAUUGCAGAUUCAGUCUUCCCAGCCUGGUGCAGGUCUACAAUUUUGUUUCUGGUGUCCUUUGACAGGUCUUUGGUCUUGGCCAUAGUAGAGUUUGGAGUGUGACUGUUUGAGGUUGUGGACAGGUGUCUUUUAUACUGAUAACAAGUUCAAACAGGUGCCAUUAAUACAGGUAACGAGUGGAGGACAGAGGAGCCUCUUAAAGAAGAAGUUACAUGUCUGUGAGAGCCAGAAAUCUUGCUUGUUUGUAGGUGACCAAAUACUUAUUUUCCACCAUAAUUUGCAAAUAAAUUCAUUAAAAAUCCUACAAUGUAAUUUUCUGGAAAAAAAAUUCUCAAUUUGUCUGUCAUAGUUGACGUGUACCUAUGACGAAAAUGACAGGCCUCUCUCAUCUUUUUAAGUGGGAGAACUUGCACAAUUGGUGGCUGACUAAAUACUAUUUUUCCCCACUGUAUUAAGGUGAAUACAAGGGUAUUGUAAAUCUUGGGUACGCUUUAUUUUACGAGCUGCUAUUUUGCUUGAUUGAUAAAUAGGUAAUGACCUAAUAAUUAAGGUUAUUUUGGGAGUCAUUCUACAUUGAAACAAGCGCCGGUACAUACCAGUUGGUUACCAAUUGUGUUAAAUUCUUUGAAUUGCCAGAAAGUACACAUAAUUACAUGUUAUGUCUGAGUAAACACUUGGCAAAUAGCAGUUGAAACAAACCAAGCGUUCCCUUAAUUUCUGGUGCUGAAAAUAAGCUUGUGUCCAAGUAGUCAGACUGUAAAAAAACACACACAAAAAACAGUAUGAAUAGGAGUCAAUAUGGACUAACCAGAGCUCUGAGGCCACAUUUUCUAAAUAAAAAUGUUAAUGUGUUCAAUAACCAUGUUAUAAGCCAUGACUUGCACACAACACCAGUCUCUGAAUCAGUUGAAUUGGUCAAUUUACCUAUUCAGUAGCUGUCAAAAUGGGAGCUGAAGCUCACCUGUUAUAGUUAACUAUUAACCGUGUCAGUGCCAAAUAGUUGCUCCAGUUAAGCCCCUGCAAUCUGUUACUGUGUAUAUGACAUCAUGCCAUGUUAGGUAUGCCAUGUCCAGGAGAUAUAGGUUUCCCUCUACUCUAAGAGUCCACUCUUAUACUUGUGCUGGUAAUACUGCUUAGAUAUUAUAAAGCUGGUUCACUAUAAGCAAACAGACACUUCCUAUGUGUAUAUUGCCUUGGGUCUCUUUAAUGUACAACAUUUAGUAAAAUGGAUCAAUAUUCAAAUGUACUGCAUUAGAAAUGACUGCUAUAAUGAUGGAAAUAAUCACUGAAUGUGUUACCUGCUUCUUCAGGUGCAAUGAUGUACGAACACAAACGUGCACGCUGUUUUUUAUAAAUGUUUGUCAGUGUUCGUAUCCACAUCAUGGAUACGUUUUGCACUUUAAUUCCAGUUCAGUUGUCUUGUUCUCAAGUUUGUUUAAUCUCUUUCUUUGUUUGUCUCUCUCUCUCUCUCUCUCUCUCUCUCUUUUUUUUCUCCCUCUCUCUCUCUGUGCAGACAGUGACAAGAAAUUUGUCCUGACCACAGCCUGUAUGAAUUGUGCUUGUUUUCUAAUUCAGGUUUGUCUUGUUCUCAGUUUUGUCGCUCACUCCCUCUCUCUGUGUGUAGACAGUGACAAUCAGGCUGUCUUGACUGUAGCCCAAGACUGGGUCCCCAUCCUGGACAAGGUUUUUGGGCAGAAGUGGUGCAGCGACCUGUGGCAGAUCAAAGAGCUGGCUUCAGGGAAGGGGGGCGAGGAGAGGACCGGGGGAUCUGGGCUGGGGAUUGUGGGCUCCUUCCCCAGUCUGAACGCCCUGAUCCGUGAGAACCUGGAGCCCUCCCCCACCAGCCUCCUGCAGGACCCCCAGUGGAUGCCUCUGGAGGACAUGGAGGUCCUCUCCUCGACCUUGGACACUCCGCAAGACCUUCCUGCUACCAUAAGCACCACAGCCACGGGUGAGCAUGGGAACUACUGAACUGAUGUCGCUACGUGACAUGGCCAGUUGUGUGCACACUUACUCUUAAGUCCCAUGACUCGUUAUGCUUAAUUUUAUAUUAAGGUAUGUGUUCUCCUUUUUAUUUAUUUUUAUUUCACCUUUAUUUAACCAGGCAAGCCAGUUGAGAACGAGUUCUCAUUUACAACUGCGACCUGGCCAAGAUAAAGCAAAGCAGUGCGAUUAAAAACAACAACACAGAAUUACAUAUGGGGUAAAACAAAACAUAAAGUCAAAAAUACCACAGAAAAUAUAUAUACAGUGUGUGCAAAUGUAGCAAGUUAUAGAGGUAAGGCAAUAAAUAGGCCAUAGUGCAAAAUAAUUACAAUUAGUAUUAACACUGGAAUGAUAGAUGUGCAAGAGAUGAUGUGCAAAUAGAGAUACUGGGGUGCAAAUGAGCAAAAUAUGGGGAUGAGGUAGUUCAGUGUUCUAAUUUCAGAAGGGCUGUGUACAGGUGCAGUGAUCGGUAAGGUGCUCUGACAACUGAUGCUUAAAGUUAGUGAGGGAGAUAAUAGUCUCCAGCUUCAGAGAUUUUUGCAGUUCGUUCCAGUCAUUGGCAGCAGAGAACUGGAAGGAAUGGCGGCCAAAGGAGGUGUUGGCUUUGGGGAUGACCAGUGAGAUAUACCUGCUGGAGAGCAUACUACGGGUAGGUGCUAUGGUGACCAAUGACCUAAGAUAAGGCGGGGAUUUGCCUAGCAGUGAUUUAUAGAUGGCCUGGAGCCAGUGGGUUUGGCGACGAAUAUGUAGUGAGGACCAGCCAACAAGAGCGUACAGGUCACAGUGGUGGGUAGUAUAUGGGGCUUUGGUGACAAAACGGAUGGCACUGUGAUAGACUACAUCCAAUUUGCUGAGUAGAGUGUUGGAGGCUAUUUUGUAAAUGACAUCGCCGAAGUCAAGGAUCGGUAGGAUAGUCAGUUUUACGAGGGCAUUUUUGGCAGCAUGAGUGAAGGAGGCUUUGUUGUGAAAUAGGAAGCCGAUUCUAGAUUUAACUUUGGAUUGGAGAUGCUUAAUGUGAGUCUGGAAGGAGAGUUUACAGUCUAACCAGACACCUAGGUAUUUGUAGUUGUCCACAUACUCUAGGUCAGACCCGUCGAGAGUAGUGAUUCUAGUCGGGUGGGCGGGUGCCAGCAGCGUUCGAUUGAAGAGCAUGCAUUUAGUUUUACUAGUGUUUAAGAGCAGUUGGAGGCUACGGAAGGAGUGUUGUAUGGCAUUGAAGCUUGUUUGGAGGUUUGUUAACACAGUGUCCAAUGAAGGGCCAGAUGUAUACAAAAUUGUGUCGUCUGCGUAGAGGUGGAUCUGAGAGUCACCAGCAGCAAGUGACAUCAUUGAUAUACACAGAGAAAAGAGUCGGUCCAAUAAUUUAACCCUGUGGCACCCCCAUAGAGACUGCCAUAGGUCCAGACAACAUGCCCUCCGAUUUGACACAUUGAACUCUAUCUGAGAAGUAGUUGGUGAACCAGGCGAGGCAGUCAUUUGAGAAACCAAGGCUAUUUAGUCUGCCAAUAAGAAUGCGGUGGUUGACAGAGUCGAAAGCCUUGGCCAGGUCGAUGAAGACGGCUGCACAGUACUGUCUAUUAUCGAUUGCGGUUAUAAUAUCGUUUAGGACCUUGAGCAUGGCUGAGGUGCAUGACCAGCUCGGAAACCGGAUUGCAUUGCGGAAAAGGUACGGUGGGAUUCGAAAUGGUCGGUGAUCUGUUUGUUAACUUGGCUUUCAAAAACUUUCGAAGGGCAGGAUGGAUUUAGGUCUGUAACAGUUUGGAUCUAGAGUGUCACCCCCUUUUGAAGAGGGGGAUGACCGCGGCAGCUUUCCAGUCUCUGGGGAUCUCAGACGUUACGAAAGAGAGGUUGAACAGGCUAGUAAUAGGGGUUGCGACAAUUUCGGCGGCUAAUUUUAGAAAGAAACGGUCCAGAUUGUCUAGCCCAGAUGAUUUGUAGGGGUCCAAAUUUUGCAGCUCUUUCAGAACAUCAGCUGACUGAAUUUGUGUGAAGGAGAAGCGGGGGGAGGCAUGGGCAAGUUGCAGCGGUGGAUGCAGAUCUGGUGGCCGUUGUAGUGGUAGCCAGGUGGAAAGCAUGGCCAGCCGUAGCAAAAUGCUUGUUGAAAUUCUCGGUUAUUGUAGAUUUAUCGGUGGUGAUAGUGUAUCCUAGCCUCAGUGCAGUGGGCAGCUGGGAGGAGGUGCUCUUAUUCUCCAUGGACUUUACAGUGUCCCAAAACUUUUUGGAGUUAGUGCUACAGGAUGCACAUUUCUGUUUGAAAAAGCUAGCGUUUGCUUUCCUAACUGCUUGUGUAUAUUGGUUCCUAACUUCCCUGAAAAGUUGCCACAGGAUGUUUUUGUGCUGGUCAAGGACAGUCAAGUCUGAGGAGAACCAGGGGCUAUAUCUGUUCUGAGUUCUGAAUUUUUUGAAUGGGGCAUGCUUAUUUAAGAUUGAGAGGAAAGCACUUUUAAAGAACAACCUGGCAUCCUCUACUGACGGAAUGAGAUCGAUAUCCAUCCAGGAUACCUGGGCCAGGUCAAUUAGGAAGGCCUGCUCGCUAAUGGGUUUUAGGGAGCGUUUGACAGUGAUUAGGGGUGGACCCGUUACUGAUGCAGGCAAUAAGACAGUGAUCGCUGAGAUCCUGGUUGAAGACAGCGGAGGUGUAUUUAGAGGGUAAGUUAGUCAGGAUGAUAUCUAUGAGGGUGCCCAUGUUUACGGAUUGAGGGUUGUACCUGGUAGGUUCCUUGAUAAUUUGUGUGAGAUUGAGGGCAUCUAGUUUGGAUUGUAGGAUGGCCGGGGUGUUAAGCAUAUCCCAGUUUAGGUCACCAAGCAGUACGAACUCUGAGGAUAGAUGGGGGGCAAUCAAUUCACAUAUGGUGUCCAGGGCACAGCUGGGGGCUGAGGGGGGUCUGUAGCAAGCGGCAACAGUGAGAGACUUAUUUCUGGAAAGGUGGAUUUUUAGAAGUACGAGCUCAAACUGUUUGGGCACAGACCUGGAUAGUAUGAUAGAGCUCUGCAGGCUAUCUCUACAGUAGAUUGCAACUCCACCCCCUUUGGCAGUUCUAUCUAGACGGAAAAUGUUGUAGUUGGGGAUGGACAUUUUAGAAUUUUUGGUGGCCUUCCUAAGCCAGGAUUCAGACACUGCUAGAACAUCAGGGUUGGCGGAGUGUGCUAACUUAGUGAAUAACUCAAACUUAGGAAGGAGGCUUCUGAUGUUAAUGUGCAAGAAACCAAGGCUUUUACGGUUACAGAAGUCAACAAAUGAUAACUCCUGGGUGUAGGAGUGAUACUGGGGGCUGCAGGGCCUGGGUUAGCCUCUACAUCACCAGAGGAACAGAGGAGGACUAGAAUAAGGAUACGGCUAAAGGCUUUAAGAACUGGUCUUCUAGUGCGUUGGGUACAGAGAAUAAAGGGGGCAGAUUUCCGGGCGUUGUAGAAUAGUUUCAGGGCAUUAUGUACAGACAAGGAUAUGGAAGGAUAUGAGUACAGUGGAGGUAAACCUAAGCGUUGGGUAACAAUGAAAGAGAUAGCAUAACUGGAGGCACCGAUUGAGCCGGUCUCGGCGUGUAUGGGGGUGGAACAAAGGAGCUAUUUGAGGCAGUUUGAGAAUGACUUGGAGUUCUAUAUUGUAAUUGUAAAAUAAGAACUAACUGGAACAGCAAUAGGCAAGGCAUAUUGACAUGGGAGAGAGGCAUAAAGCAAUCACAGGUGUUAUUAGAGAGAGCUCAGACAACAACUGGUAAUGGCGAUGAAAGUUUGGGCUGAGGCUAAACAGAUAAACAGGACAGGGUACCGUGUAAAGGAACAGUCCAGCAGACAUCAGCUGUGCAGCUGAGUGAUCAUAAGGUCCAGUGAACAGCAAUAUGUGAGUCCGAGAGCAGUUCGAAUUGGUGCUAAAGCACAGCGUGCAGGAAGCACGGCUGUUGUUUGCGUGUGCUAGCGGGCCGGGGCUAGCAGAUGGAUCUUCGUGGUCGUCGCAACGGGAAGCCUGUUGAAACCACAGACGAUUACGUCGACAGACCAGUCGUGAUGGAUCGGCGGGGCUCCGUGUCGACUCUAGGAGGUCCUGUCCGGUUGACAGAGAGGUAGAUAGCCGGGAGAUGUGCCUAACUCGAGGCUAGCUCAAGGCUGAUUAGCCAACAACAACAUCCAUUUGGUUGCAGUUAGCUAGUUGCGAUGAUCAGGUGUUAAAGGUCCUGUGAUUCUGGCAGAAAGUCUAACUGGUGCUUGCUUCGGGGGCAGUGGUGAUUAGCCUACAGCAACAUCCAUUCGGUUGCGGCUAGCUAGUUGCGAUCCGGUGUUAGGGUCCAGUGAUUCAGUUAUUCUGGCAGAAAAUCCGAUGUUCUGGGUGAAAACCGCUAACGGUGGCUAAUAUCAAGUAGCUAGUUAGCUGGCUAGCUAGUUUCAACUGGAGAUUCUAGAUAAAGGUGAGUAAAUAAUAUAAUCUGUUCCACAUUGAGUGAGGUGGGUUGCAGGAAAGUAUAUUUAGUAGAAGGAUGAAAAGUGUGAUAGGGAAAUAUGUACGAAAAAUACAAAAAACUGCCUAUUUACACGGACACACAACAAAGAACACGACCGCACUGCUACGCCAUCUUGGAUUCUUCCAAUGGAUGAAUAAUGUGUAUUCUCUGAGUCUAGUACAAAACAAGAUGGCUGUAGCUUCCUUGUCACAUCCUCCUGGACCAAUUGGAUUUCCUUCCCCUAUUAUUAGAAACUGUCAGCUUUUUAUUGCUUUUAAUCUUAAUUUCACUCAUUCUCUCUUCGCUUUGAUUUGUAUCCCUCUGCCUGUGUUUCAGCUGAGGUGUCCCUCAGGUCUCCGUCGAUGCUUCACCGGCUCCUCACACUCCCCGCUCAGCUCCUAGAGGAGGACGAGGACGAGAACGCCAUGGAAACUAUCCCCCUGCUCCCCGAAGCUUCACCUGGCAGAGCAGCUGUGCGCCGGCAAAACACAGAAUCGCCUAACCAGAGCUGCCCAUCUCCUCCCAUGAAAAAGGUUGCUGUUUCACAGGAGGAGGUGGAGGAGGAUGAAGACAAAGGGACGACGACGCUGGACUCAAAGGUGAAGACCGUGCCUCUCAAAGGCAGGAAGGCUCACGAGUGUAAAGAAUGCGGCAAGAAGUUCAGCCGGGUGCUGCUCCUGAAAGCUCACCAACAGACUCAUAUCACCACAGCACUGGCGACGACGCCAGCGAUUUGCUGCUCGGAGUGCGGGAAACGCUUCUCCCAGGCAUCCCGGUUACAGGCGCACCUACGAACACACACCGGGAAAAAGUCCUGAGCAGAUAGAAAAGGGAAUGGGAAGAUUGAAGUAGAGAAAUGAGAAUUGGAAUCGAAAAGUCGAUCUUCAGUCCAUAUCACAAAUAGCCGUAUCAGUAGCAGGAUGGUCACCGGAAUUCGUAUUCAUACAUUUGUGUUCACUUUAAGUACCUUACAAGUUGGGAAUCAGAGGCAUUUUUUCAUGUUGCUGAUUUGAAGGUACCGUUUUGCUGACUGCUGUAUGUUUCUUAAUUGUUACCAACAUUUUUAUUUCUUACAUGUGUCAACAAGGUAAAUACUUUGUAGUCUUGGGAUUGGAUCUCGCUGGUAGUCGUGGUUAACAUUAUGUAUAGCAUGGGACAGUGUUGCUCACAACAAGCAAUGAAGUGACCUUUUUUAAGUGCUCUUUUUAUUUUUCUCAAUAUACUUUUCUACAUUUUUGGAAUAUCAAACUGGUCUCUUUUGUGGUUUAUUAUUUCAUAUCAAGGUUAUUAGCCACACCAGAGGCCAGAAUCUUGGCUUUUGUGGACUGCAACUUCAAUAAACAUUACACUAAUUUGUACGAAUUGUAUCUUUCAGUGGCAGAGGUGUUGUCUCAAGUCGAAUGUGAAUCACAACUAAUCUUUUUUCCGGUGCUACAAGCAGUGACUCGCUUUCAAAGGGCUUAUGUGCCCGGGGUAAAGGGAUAAAGAGACUGACUGCUGGAGUCAGUAGCAGAGAUAAUACCUUUGUUUUGCUUACCUCUGAAUAUGAAUCUCUGUACAGAUGGAAAGAACCUGGUAUUUAUCUUCUUUACCUUCUUCAUGCAAUUCACUAUUUACAGUCCUCACUAGACAAUAUUUUUAUUUUUCACUCAACAUAAAUACCUCCUCAAAAACACUCUCAAAUAAUAUAAGUUGAAAGGUGUUACAUUGAUAGCCCUUUUUGUUUUUAUAAAGAACCUAUAGAACCACAGAUUCAUAACACAAUCGUGCAAUUUACUCCUGAAUCACGAGUCUGCAGACCUCUACUUGAUGACUAACACAAGCUGUGUGACGACGACCUAUCACAGUAGUCCCUCUUGGGGUUUUCCACACUCUAUCUGUGUGCCCUGGAAGGACCACAAGUCUAAGAGGAUAAUCGCCCUCGUGCUGAUUGUGGAGGCUGGGUUCUCUCAAGUGUCAUGGGAAGUAGAGAAAUACCACAUUGAUGAAACACACUUUUUGGAUUGUUUUACGUCUUGUUUGAGCUCCGGAUGAGUCGAAUGUGGAGCAUCUGAUUGGACAUCGGGAAUAUUGUUUCUGCUCAUAUGGCCAUGCCUAACAGAAUACUUUGUUGGAACAUCAAAUAUUGAAGGGAGG